AUGAGGUUCUCGGUCGCCCUUAUCUCGCUCCUCGCCACACAUCUCACCUCGGCUCGGGGCCUGUUCGGAGGCAGCCAGGAAGUCGUGAAGAAUGACGAUUUGAAGGUCCCCGGCGACUCGCCGUUGGAGCUCUGCGAUAAGGACCACGGCGACGAUAUUGUCAGCAUCGAGAGCGUAGAUCUACUACCAAACCCACCAGAGGCUGGAGAGGACCUCGUUAUCAAGGCUGUCGGCACCGUAUACGAGACGAUCGAAGAUGGCGCAUACGUCGUUUUGCAGGUCAAGUACGGCCUAAUUCGUCUCAUCAGCACCAAGGCUAGUCUCUGCGAACAAAUUCAGAAUGUCGAUAUGGAAUGUCCCAUCGAGCCAGGCGUCCUUACCAUCACCAAAUCUGUUGAACUACCUAAGGAGAUUCCCCCCGGAAAGUACACAGUCUUCGCCGACGUCUACACCAAGGACGGAGAGCCCAUUACAUGCUUGACGGCCACCGUUGUUUUCGGAAAGAAGAGUGCCCUCGGUGGUAUUCUCGACCUUUGA